AUGAGUCUACUUCGCGGCAAGUUUCUUCACUGGGCUGUGACAGCUGCCAGCUGUCAGGCAUUCCUCCUCUUAGGAUAUGACCAAGGGGUGAUGAGUGGUCUCAUCGGCGCAGAUAACCAAUUUGCCCGGCAGUUUAAUCACCCAGAUGCGAACUUACAAGGAAUCCUGACUUCCAUAUAUGAUAUAGGGUGCGCGGCAGGAUGUCUUUUCGCAUUCUUCUGUGGUCAUCGAGUCGGUCGUAAACGAAUGAUUAUCGCGGGCGGAUCCAUCAUGAUUAUUGGCACCAUCAUACUGGGCUCUUCUUACAGCGUUGCGCAGUUUCUUGUGGGGAGGAUUGUCACCGGUCUUGGAAAUGGAAUCAAUAGUAGCACCGUCCCGACCUAUCAAAGCGAAAUGGCGAAUCCUAAAAACCGAGGGCGAUUGCUGUCAGCGCAAGGGACCGUGACCAUCGUCGGACUUUGCAUCGCUUACUGGAUGGACUAUGGACUCAGCUUUGUGCAGAGCCCCAUACAGUGGAGGCUACCGAUUAGCUUUCAGGCCGUUUUUGCAAUAUGUCUCGUACUUCAAAUGAUUCCACUGCCAGAGACUCCUCGGUGGUUGUGUGAGCAGGACCGUCGAGAAGAUGCUGCCGAAGUGUUGGCACGACUUCAGACCGAUGCGGCGUCUCCCGAGUCUGCACUUAGAGUUGAUCAAUCGCUAUUGGAGAUUGAAACAGCAAUUUCGAUGGAGUCAGCGGGUGGCCCGUUCCGAUACAAGGAAUUGCUCUCGGGGGGCAAGAUACAAAACCUUCGACGCAUGAUACUCUGUGGCCUGGUCAACGUGCAGCAGCAGUUUACCGGAGCAAACAUGAUCAACUAUUACGCACCUGUUGUGUAUCAAAAUACCAUGCAUUUGUCACGGAAUAUGUCACUCAUUCUCGGCGGAUGUACUUCCAUUGUGUACCUGGUUGGCUCCUUGAUUCCUCUCUGGAGCAUGGAUCGAUUUGGCCGUCGAGCCUCGCUCAUGGCGUCGGCCACGGGCCUCUGUUUUUGUUUCGUCAUGGUGUCCAUACUUUUGUCGAUUGGUUCACGGAAUUGUGCAUAUGCAGCCACUUCCUUUGUAUUCAUUUUUCAACUUUUUCUCGGCAUUGGCUACUUGCCCGUACCAUGGUUUUAUCCCAGUGAAGUGACUACCACCAGAAUACGAGCUCGUGGGCAAGCUUUUGCCGGAUUUGUGAAUUGGAUGUGUGUUUUCAUUGUUGUUCAAAUCACGCCCAUCGCCAUCGACAACAUUGGAUGGCACACAUUUAUUAUAUUUGCGUGUUUCUGUGCAGCUUGGGUACCCAUGGUAUACGUCUUCUUCCCUGAGACUAGUGGCCUCGAGCUGGAAGAUGUUGAUCAUUUGUUCGAGAAAGGAGGACUCACAGGCGGUGUCUUGGAAUCCAGAGGCAGACCCGUGCAACCAGGGUAUCACCGACAACAGGCACUAUCCAUUCCCCUAAAACAUGAUGCGUGA